UUUGUACCUUGCUCGCAGCAUGUUGACAUAACAAGAGAAUACCUACAGUACCAACAUAACGACACUAGAUAUCAAAACAUGCUAGAUAUCAAAACAAGUGUUUUAAAAAUAUGUACUACUGUCAAACAUCUUAAUCGGCUUGUAAAUACGUAAAAUUACAAGUACUGCAGAGGAGUAUCUUAUUUAGAGUUACAAUUUGAUACGAUCAACAUAUACCUAUUAAUAACCUACAUUUGACAAAGUUGGCUGCUGGAUCCAAGUGUCAGGGCACAGGUGUGAUUGCAUUAGGGUGCAGAGCUUAGUGUUUAUUUUGCCCUGGAUAUUUGCAGUGUUGUGUUGACAUAAGUUAAAAAAUAUUCCCCGACAUUAAUAUGCGUUUCUCUAAUUAGUUUAUCGUGAUUUAUAUGUCUCGCAAACAAGCUAAGUGUUGUACGUGUCGUGUUAUGAAGACGCCGUAGAUCCGAGGAUGCUCAAUUUAAGUGUUCAAAAAUAGAACAGAAGCGUGUUUGGAGCCAGAAUAUUCUAGCGUGCCCGAAGCGUCGAUCGCAGAAAACAGUCAUUGCAUGUGUGUUGAAACGGAAUCUUCAAAAUGACGAAUCUACCGGCAACAGAAAAGAAAAAUAGCGCGGAAGACGAGAAGCAGGCGAACCAGCUGAAGGAGGAAGGCAAUGCCGCUUUCAAGGAAGGCGAAUGGGAUAAAGCAAUCAAUUGUUACACUCGAGCCAUCAAUUUAAUAAAAGGAGAAAGUCCCGACAAGGCUGUCUAUUACAAGAACAGGGCUGCAGUCCACCUGAAAAAAGAAAUGUUCAGAGAGGCGAUGGAUGACUGCACAGCAUCACUCGAAAUUACCCCCAACGAUCCCAAGGCCCUUUUCCGACGCUGCCAGGCAUAUGAAGCAUUGGGACGGUUUGAGGAGGCAUACAAGGACGCACGUCAGGCGCAUACAGUGGACCCGGGGAAUAAAGCUCUGACCCCAGUCCUGGAGAGGCUGCACCGCAUUGUACAGGACCGGCUCAGAGAAAACGCUCAAACUAACAACAAGGUGUCGCAGAUGAUGAACUACGUGUGCGAUACGAGCACCGAGAAGGAGAAGCGCGAGACGGCCGCCAACAACCUGGUGGUGCUGGCGAGGGAGCGGGCCGGUGCCGAGUGCCUGUAUGCGGCCGAAGCCCACCGGCGCCUCGCCCACGUCGCACACUCGGAGCCAAAGGGCAGUGCCGUGUGCCUGGCGAUAAUACGCUGCAUCGGCGAGCUGUGUCGCAACCACGAGGACCGGACGGAUGGUAUUCUGAAGUCGCUGGGCGUCCCCUGGUUCCUCGACAUGCUCAACUCGGCAAAGGAAGAGCAGGUGAAUGCGGCCCAGUACAUGAUCCAGACAGUGCUGAACGCCCUGUCCGGCAAUGCGGGGGACCUGGGCUCGAACCCGGAGCAGAAGACUGUGGACCGGCACAAGCAGCAGCUGGACACCGUCUUGUCGUGCCUCGUCUACAGCACCACCAGCAGGUCCAUAACAGGGCAAGCUCGGGAUGCGACGAUAGAGCUGCUGACGCGGAACGUCGACUACCGAGCACUGGACUGGGCGGAGAGGCUGGUGUCCAUCAAGGGCCUGCAGCGGCUGCUCGAGGUGGCGUCCGAAGUGCCCGAGUGUAAGUACGAGUCAGCCAUGGACAUCACGCCCAACACCCGCACCGUCGUCUCCGUCUGCCUCGCCAAAAUAUAUGAGAAUAUGUACUAUGACCAGGCCAAGGAGCGAUUUUUGAAUAAUGUUGAUGACUACAUAAAGGACAAACUACUAACCCCAGACACAGAAUCAAAGGUUCGUGUCGUAGUAGCGCUGACGUGCUUGCUUCUCGGACCUUUGGAUAUUGGAAACACAAUUAUGGGCCGGGAAGGCAUUCUGCAGAUGAUUCUGGUCAUGGCAAAUACAGAUGACGCCCUGCAGCAGAGAGUAGCUUGCGAAUGUAUUGUCGCCGCUGCAUCCAAGAAGGACAAAGCCCGAGCCAUAGUUGCUGAGGGAGUCCCCAUUCUGAAGAAGCUGUACCAGAGCAAGGACCUGGGGGUGCGUGUGCGCGCCCUGGUCGGCCUGUGCAAGUUGGGCAGCAGCGGCGGCACCGACGCCUCCGUCCGGCCGUUUGCCGAGGGCUCCACCCAGAAGCUGGCCGAGGCCUGCCGGCGCUUCCUGCUCACGGCCAAGAACCAGGACGCCAAGCGCUGGGCCGUCGAAGGUCUGUCGUACCUGACUCUGGACGCAGACGUCAAGGAGAAACUGAUCGAGGACCGAGAAGCCCUCCGUGCCUUGUUCGACGUGGCCCGUUCCGGAGACCAGUCGGUAACGUUCUGCUCCGUGACUGCACUGGUCAACCUGGCAAACGCGUACGAGAAGCAAGAGGUCAUUCCAGAGAUGGUAGAGCUGGCCAAGUUUGCGAAACAGCACAUACCACAGGAACAUGAACUGGACGAUCCCGACUUUGUUACCAAGCGUCUCCUGGUCCUCGGAAAGGAGGGCGUGACUUCGGCCCUGGUGGCUCUGGCGAAGACGGACAGCCACAAUGCGCGGGAGCUGAUCGCGCGUGUGCUGAACGCGCUGUGUGGGGAGACGGAGCUGCGUGGCAUUGUGGUGCAGCAGGGCGGUGCCAAGGCACUGCUGCCGCUGGCGCUCGAGGGCUCCGAGCGGGGCAAGCGGCAGGCCUCACAGGCGCUCGCCCGCAUUGGCAUCUCCAUAGACCCCAAGGUCGCCUUCCCUGGCCAGCGCGUGCUCGAGGUGAUAAGGCCACUCAUAUCGCUGCUGCACAUGGAGUGCUCAGCUCUGGAGAACUUCGAAGCCCUGCUCGCUCUCUGCAACCUGGCACAGGUUGCGGAGAAUGUGAGGGCACGUAUUGUGAAGGAGGGCGGCAUCCAGAAGAUUGAGCACUACAUGUACGAGGACCACACGAUGCUGAGGAGAGCCGCCACGCAGGUAAUGACGAACAUGGUGUCAUCACCUGACGUGGUAAAAAUGUUUGAGGGUGAGAACGACCGUGUCAAGUUCAUGACACUGCUGUGCGGGGAGGAAGAUGAAGAGACAGCAGAAGCAGCCGGGGGUGCCCUAGCAAUGCUCACCUUUGCCAGCAAGAAAGUCUGCGAGAAGGUGUUAAAGGUAACUAGCUGGGUCGAAUCGCUCCAGCGACUUCUGGGAGAUCAGAAACCGUCCAUGAGGCUUCGUGGCUGUGCAAUAGUUGCGUCGCUUGUUGAAUCGUCCAAGGAAAUAGCUGAGAAGGUAGUGGAGACAACAUUGCUGGAGGUGCUGAUGGCUUUCUCACAACUGGAAGGAGACUACGGAGCAGGCAACACCGAGGAGGGAAAGAAGGUGCGAGCUGUCGCCACAGAUGCACUCAAGACCAUCGAGAACUGGGGCCUCAUCAGGAAGCCCGUCAGCGAGAGGGACGUGGGAGGUGAACCCCCGGAAGAAGACGACUGAGUGGGCUGCGAUACCGACAGGGGUGCUCCUGAUCUGACUCUGUCAAUACAGAUUCUUUUGACAUUGAGGACGCAAAUAAUAAUGAUAUUGUAGUCACAGAAGUUGAAGGCAAAUAGAAGGCACACAGCAGACUGACAAAUCGAGUUACGUAGAAAUAUCCUCUUCAUUUCCACGUGGGACAUACAUAUAGAAUAUUUCACUGUUGUUGUUUUUGUUGUUGUUCAUCACCCAGAAAGAUGGUUUAAUGCAUUUCUCCAUUCCUGACCACUCACCUAUAUUCUUCAUUUGAACACAACCACCACAUCCUGCUGCAUGGACAAUCUAUCUGCCUCAUCCAUUCACAUCUAGGCCUUCCUUCAACUACGAGUGGUAGUCAUAAAGUUAUUGCCGAUAACUGUUCACAGGGUAAUCGUAAAGUUUUAAUUAUCUCUCAAAAAAAGUUACUGAUAAGUAAUUAAUUUCUUUUUUGUUUAAUUGAAAUUACAUGUCUGCAGCUCUAGCACACAUUGAAAUGGCGCAACCCAGUGAUAAAGAGGAGAUAAGCUGUUCCGUUUUAUUUUGCGCCUCUAUCUGGGUGCUGCAGUUCUGUGAUACAGGGAUUUGAAUGUGUAUGAGGAAUGUACACUGGACCCACAAUCAAUUGAACAAACAAAGAAAUUAAUUUUAAUGAGGACUCCAUCAGAAAUUGCGUGCACUGUGACCACCCAACGUGUAUUGAUAACGAGAGGUUAUUGGUCAUUGACAUAGAAAUCUUUAUUUCUGUUGCAAUUCUGUUUCAAUCACUGUAUGACCAUCAUCAGUGUUCUAUGUAGAACAAUAGACUGCACUAUAACAUACUACACCUGCCCAACUAUAUGCUUAAGAACAUACAGGAGAGAUUGCUUGCGUCAACAUAUUUGGUAUUAUAUCCCCGUGGACUCAAAAAUGCAAGCAGUAAAAUUACAGUGUCUGCACAUAUCAAUGAAGACUACUUGUCAGAACAAAAGGUACAAAUGCGACUGGGAUAGCUGCUUACAAGGACCUACGAAGGUAUGCUUGGAUGCAGCAGUGCCCCACUUUAAUGAUCAUUAUUAUAGAAUCUUUUAUUAGUAAAAUCAGAAGACAUAAUGAAAUUUAGUAUGUAAUCUGUGCACACAACCAGAACCUUCACUGUAAUAAUUUCUAGGAUUAAUAAUAGAAUCAUAAAAAUGACAGUGCUCGCACUCUGGUAUGUGUUUUCAGGAAUCGUGUCCCAACGUAUGUGGUAUAGUACGAACCAGGCUAGAAUAUAGUAUUGCAACCAUUAUAUUAGCGUAAUGCUGAAAUAAUUCCAGCUAAACCAAAAGAAUUGUGUUACACUGUUACGCCCUUUGACAUUAAUUUUUAUACCGGUACAGUUCCAAAUUCCUGUUUGACAGAGAAUGUUUAAAAUACAAUUUAGGUAUAAAAAUACACAUCAUGUAAAAACUUUUAUAAAACCAAAUUACAAAUUCGUCAGAAUAUUUAGGUAGAGUUACUGUACAUACAUUCUUUGGCAUUAAUUUUGACACUCAUAUACUUUUGAAUGACUUACAAAAACCAUGUAGAUAUAAACAUAUAUACACCAUCUAAAAGCUUUUUAAAACAAGCAUAGAAAAUUCUAACAAUCAUAGUUACAUAAAGUAAUGUUGACAUUAUCUAUUUCCAUAAGGCUCUCUUGUUGUUUGAACCUGAAGCAUUAUUAUUAUUUUUAAUUGCAAUUGAGACUUAAUCUGCAAUAGAACAAUACAGCUUGUUGUUAUGAAAUGUUUCUUAUCCAAACAUAAAACAGAUUCUGUUCUCGGACCGUGUUCUGCUGCCUUGGUAUGAUUGAGAUGAACUAUGGGAACUUUAUUGCCCAUCUGCUGGACUGAUGGGUGUAACUUUUUGUAGUCAGCACCACAAGUGAUGCAAAGCACUCCCAAAAGCGGGUGUUUUUUAUUGACGUCUGCUUGUCGAGCAGUGUACACCUUGCCGAUUUUUACUACAGAAUAUCUCCAUCUCCUCAAGGAGAUCGAGAUACUUUCCUUUUUCACUCUGGUGCAACAAUUUCAAUUGUGAUGUCACUUCAGGGAGGCCAUGGCCAGUAAUAGUUAAAAGUUCCACAAAAAUAGAUUUGUCUGCUAUACCUGUUGUAUCCAAUGCCACAUACUCACAGAACCACACUUCGAGCCUUCUUCCAACUUGCCCAAUAUAAAUGGCAUCCCGUGCAGAACACGUCAAUCUGUAUAACCUGAUUCCUGCAGUUGCUCAUAUUUAUGAAUGUUAUUAAUACCAUACAACUAAACCUAAUGUGCCAUUUUCCACUUUUACUGCUAAGGCUCUUGUUGUAUGAUUGGAUUACAUAUUACAUGUCAUUAUGUCUUCUAUUUUUAUUAAUAAAACCAACUAACUUAAUUCCUUUUGCCCCUAUGGGGACAUAGGGCAUCCAGGAGAACUCGCCAUCUGUCUCUGUUUUUGGCCAUUUGCUCAAUUCUGCCUAUGUCUUGCCAAUUCUUUUUGCUUCCCCUUCCACUGUCCUCUUCCAUGUGCCACUGGGUCUUCCGUGUUCCCUGGGGAUUCCAUUCCAGUGCUUUUUUCUUGAUGGACCCAUCUGGUUUUCUCAAUAUUUGCCCCAACCACCCCCACUUUCUCUCUCGUAUCUGGUCUUCUAUAGGUACCUGGUUUGUUAUUCACCAGAGCUCCUCAUUACAUAUUUUUUCUGGCCACCAAAUAUUCAUGAUGGGUCGGAGACAUCUAUUUGUGAAGCUUUGUAACUUGGAUGUUAUCUUUUUAUCCAUUUUCCAUCUUUCACUGGCAUACAGAAGGACGGGCUCCACAUUUGUAUUAAAAAUAAGGAUUUUUGUUUUGUACCUGACAUUUCUGUUUUUCCGUAUUGGAUACAACUGUACGAAGGCAGUAUUUGCAUUUUUAAUGCGGUUUUUCAUGUCAUCUCCAGCUCCACCAUCUUCCGUCACUAUACUACCCAGAUACAGGAAUGAGUUGAUAGUCUCCACCUGCAGCACCCCUAUUACGAGUGGCACCUCCAUGUUCCCUGAAUUUACUCUCAUUUGUUUUGCUUAUAUUUAUCUCUAGGUCAGCAGUCUCCGCUUCAUCUUUCACAAGUCUAAUUUAGCUUGCAUAUCAAUCAGCCUUUGAGCUAAUAAAACUAUAUGAUCUGCAAAAUCCAAAUUCUCCAGAUAUUCACCGAUCCCCCAUUGGAUUCCUCGUCUCCUGCCUGCCGUGACUCUUCUCGUAACUGAGUCUAGAACAAGAAGGAAAAGUGUUGGUGAUAAAAUGCAACCCUGCCAGACUCCAGUUUUUACUUUUGUGGGCUCUGUCAUAUUUCCCUUGUGGAGUAUGCAACAUUUGUAACCAUCAUAUAGAUCUUCUGCAGUAUACGGCACUUUCGCAACUCCUGCCAGAGCACUUUAUGUUUCACGAAAACGGAGGCCUUUUGAAAAUCAAUGAAUGCCAGAUACACGGUUGCUUGGAAUUCUUUGCUUUGCUCUAAAAUGAUCCUAAGAGUGUUAAUAAGAUCAACACAAUUGUGUUGUGCCCUAAAACCAGCCUGUUCUUUACGCAGUCGCUUUUUGAGACACUCUUUAAUUUGUUUAAAAUAAUUCUGGUGAGGACCUUACUGGACACUGACAACAAUGAAUAUCAUGCCAGUUGUUAGUCUGACAAAUUUUUCUUUUUACGGAACUUUACCAACAAACCAUUUUUCCACUCCUUUGGAGAUUUAUCUUCAGGCCAAAUAUGCUUCAGCAAGGGAUAGAGAAUUUUAACAGUACUUUCAAGAUCGGCUUUUAAGUGCUCCGGUGCUAUGUCAUUUAGGCCUGGAGCCUUUGCAUACUUUAGGGUUUUCAAAGCAAUCCUAAAUUUGUCAUUUGUGGGACACUACCGAUUUAUAUCUACUCUUUUUUUUUUUUUUUUUUUUUUUUUUUUUUUUUUUUUUUUUUUUUUUUUUUUUGCGGGUUAUCAGCCCCUGGCCCCUAAGUGUCCUGGUGGGACUGCCACCUCAUGGACCGGACAUCUGCCAAUGUUUUAUUUCAGGACCUUAUCGCUUAAAUAGCUCACCUUCACCGCAACUACAAAACGCUAUCCAUCCCUUCGCAGUGAGGCGUAUGUGCAUCACCGUUGUCCCGGUUUCCGAGGAUCUUCCGCUGUCCACGUUAGGGGAAUGUGCCUGCUGCCACGCAGAGAAAAAGGAAAGGAGGGGAGAGUAUAGGAUGGGAUAUGAUAUGAUAGGACAGGACACUAUACGGGACUUUGUCUGGAUCACCUAUGGUGACCUGUCCGACUUCGGGGGGCCUGCCGGUAGUUAGACUACUGUCAGUAUAGCCCUCCACUUCCUUGGAUAACACAAAACCCCUCGCCCACAUGGACAGUGUUUCGUUAAGGGGGUUAAUUAAUAAGAUUUUGUAAUAAUGAUCAUUAAAGAGGGCACUGUUGUGUCCAUGUUUGGCAAUGAGCAUAGUUGCCUAGGUCCUUGUAAGCAGCUAGCCCAGUUGCAUUUGUCCUCGUGUCUGACAAGUACUCUUCAUUGAUACGUGCAGAUAUUGUAAUUUUACUGCUCGUACCUAUGACUCCACAGCGCUUUUAAUACUAGGAAUGUUGAUGCAGACGAUCCCUCCUUAUGUUCCUAUUGGUAUAGUUUGACAGGUGUAGUAUUUUGCAGUGCAGUACGAUUGUUUUAUCUAUAGCAUCGAUAUCCGUUAUUACGCAGUGAUUGAAAUCAAUUUGCAACAGAAAUAAAGAUUUGUACUUCAAUGACCUAUGCUGACUCUUCUUUUGUUAUUAAUAAAGAAAUUAAUUACAUGCCAGAAACUUUACUGACAAUAGCUUGUGCCAUUAUACAGGGUGGUUAUAAUUAAACUUUCGCUACUCGAGAUGGCCCUCACAAAAAACGAGUGAUCGUAGAACUGUGAAACUUUGUGGACACAUUUUAAGGACGGGCAUAACGGAAAUAUGAAUAAGCUAUUAAAAGAAACACAUUUCCACAGUAGAAUGAACAUUUGUUAAUUGUGUACCGCAUGUACGUUCUGGGAUACAAAUGUUGCUCAAUGUUUACUAUUUUAUCAGUGUCCAGCAACUGUAUUUCUAUUUCUUGAAAUAAUCAGCAUCCAGUUGCAAUAAAUAAAUAAAUAAUGUUAUUCCUUUAUCGGUUUCAGACAUGUACUGCCCUCCUUCAGAAGAAUAUAAUUAUCACAUUAUUAGUGAGUAGGUGUCUGCAGCAUACUAACAUAGUCGUGCAGAUCAUAGCGCUUGUACAGUACGGUAUAAGAACAAAAUCAAACGAUAUGUGCACAAAUCGAGCCAGUUAAAGUAAUAAAGUUACUCAGUGUGAUGACCAGUUUCAUCUGUGACAGACUGGAACAAGACUAGAGAUACAAUUUCACAAUUAUUCACAGCACUUUUCAAACGGUGGGCCACGAACAAUUCAACUGUCGUGGUGACACAGCUCCAACCGUUUCCUCUCUUUGAUUUGUUACAUUGUAUUUAGGCAUCUUUUCCUGACUGAUGUCCUGCAGGCCUUUUUCAGCUAGCAGGCACCUCAUAUCAUUAACUAUCUGACUAUAUUUCUGAUCACUCCUGCCUAAAGCUGCUGUAUUAAUAAUUUUUAUUAUUUGUAACUUGUUUCAAUCCCAAAUUAUCUUCAGGUCGACAGACUGAGGUAACGUGUGAUGACGGUACAUUUCCGGGCCUAUUUGGGAGGCAGCAGAAAGCUUAUUUCACAACUGUGAAAGGGCUAGUUUCAACGAAUUACACCCAUUGCUUAAAUCCGAGUUUUCCUCACUGUAAUUCUCCUGUGCAUUUAAAAACUGUAUAAGGCUGCCUGCACAGAACGUUGCACGAGAGAGGUGGUGCAGUGGUAAGACACGCGACUUGUUCCGGAGGACAGCGGUUCGGAUCUCCUCCAAUUUACGGUUUCCGUGGUCUCCAUAAAUUUGCUCGAGGUAGUUCUCGGGAUGGGUACUCUGCAGAAAAUAUGGGCAAUAUUAUUUCCUUUCUUUCCCCAAUCUGAGAAUGUUCUCUGUGUUCCCGAUCAACAGGAUAUUAAAUCCUCAUUUACUCUCUGUUGCCAUUUAUCUCACAUACUCGAUAGGAACUUGUUAUUUACCGGUUGGUGCCUUCUGGAAGUAAAUGCCUAAAACUUCAGUGCAAUCAGUAGUAAAAAAUAUUACAAGAAAUGGUGUUUCAUGUCCUAGUUCCUAAUUUGAUGAGUUUACACUGUUUAUGUACUUAAGAAAUUCCUUAAUAAAAUGAAAUAUUUAUUCCAGUAAAAUACGUUUCUUACCUCGAUAGAAAGACUGUGAUCUUUUCCGACGUGCCAAUAACGUAUUUAUUAAUGUCAAUAUUUUAUUUAGUUAGUAGUACUUUUUGCCUUUAAUUAAUUAUACUUUUGUGUAAUAUUUGUUGUUUUUAAUAUUAUUUUGAAUUAACCAUUAUAACAGUUUGUUACCACACAUUUUAUGUUGUUUCAAUUUAUAACUACAUGUGUAAAUAGUUUGCUGUAAAAUGUGAGGAAUAUUUUAACUAAAAUUAAUGUUAUGUGAGAUUAUAAAAUCACAGAAAAUAUAAAUAGAUAUUAUAAAGUUAAAACUUACCAGAUACAAAUUUUGUCAAUCAUAUGGUCUUCGUAAGCCUUUAACAUAUCGGUUUGAGGUUUGCAAAUGAAAAUAUAACUAUUUUGUCAUUUAUUUAAACAUUGGUUUAUAUCGAAGUGAAAGCGUAUCGUGUUUUCUGUGGUUUGUUUUAUUUCUGAUGAAGUUUCUUUGUUACAUAACAUUUACACUCCACAUUUUUCUAUAGAACAGAUUGUGUCUCAUAGAUAGUAGUAGCAUUCUCUUUCCAGUGCUUAUUGUACUAAAUUGAACACAUGUUGCUUCACCACAGAUGUUGCUUUUUUGUUUCCAAAUCAAACAAUGUAUUGCUAUUUCAAGCAUUGUAUAUGACAAUAAAUUUUUGUAGUAACCCAGUGCCCUGACCACGACACACGUAAAAAAUAAGCAGAGGAACAGUGCUGAGAGGACACCAUAUGAAACCAUUUUUGUGACUCAAUGCACAAAUGUUCUACAUAAUAAUAUCACAUAAUAGCCCACAUUGUAAGGGUUGUCUGUUAUCUUUAUAGUGCCAAAAGCAUGAAUAUCAUUGACAGAUAAAAUAACAGAAAAAUUUCAGUUUGAUAAAAUAUGUAUUACAUAGUUCCUAACUAAAAUUAGAAUCCAUCAAAUUAUCUGCCAAACUUCUUUUCUUUCUAGCAUGUUCCCAGCACUUCAAGCACUUAUAAAAAUUUAAAAACAUUUAACUGUUUUCAGGUUUUAUUAAGCUUUAUAUAAGUUAAAAUUCAUCUGCACUUGCCAAACAGUAUAUGAUUUAGUUUGACUAUUUUAUAUAUGAACUGAAAAGGCAGUGUCAGACAUUUCACAUUUCUCUUCUUCCCUCUCUGCAGCUCAAAUACAAAUAGCUGCUGAAGACUUUGAUGUGUACUCAAACAAUUCCAUCACCAUCGAAUACUAACCCGUCUGUAUAUACAGGGAGCUGUGCAUUAUCUGGUCUCUCUUGCUCCUGUUACACUGUAAGGAUAUAAAUCUAAUGACAUAGGAUUACAAUAUAGGCCUAUUAUGUUGUAAUCUACAUCAGAAUUAAAAUUUUGCACUCAGCAUCUUUAUUAUACAGAAAAUGAUUUCACAAUUUCUUUCUCAUAUAGCACUUGUCUUGGCAAAGAUGGCAUUCAUAAUUUAAGUAUGUAAACCACAGCUUGUCUCAUUCUCAGUGAAAACACAAGUGUAUCAGUCUCAUUCCACUAUUAUCAUCUUCCACUUAGCAUGACAUUUGGAAUUUGAUGACAGAUAAGUGUACCAACAAUAAUAUCCUUUUCCUAAAUGGAACGAUUUAGUUUGAAGCUGGGGAAGUGUGUCUUUACAAGCCUUAUAUCUUACCUAAGGCAUUAUUGGCUGUGCAUUGUCUGUGUGUUGCGGUGUGACCCACGAUACUGCAUACAUGCUGUGGAACAGUAUACGUUUCAAAAUAUCCUCCAUCUAAAUGGCAAAGAUGUUGCAAUGCAGACAUUUGGAAGUUCUGAUAUCAAAGGUACAGUAUUUCUUCAAAUUUUCUGUACUCUUGCUCCUACUACAUCUCCUCAUUUCAUAUCUGCAUAAGACACAUGCAGCAUAUCUCAUGCAAAAUGUGAAAGUACAUAUUGUUACAUCUUCAGAUUGGUCCGUGUAAGGGCUCAGCCUCACAAUGGAACCUUCAUAUCUUCUUUUGGCUUCACAGACAUUUACUGAGUUCAGUUAAGGGUAUCUACAACUGUAAAACUUGAUAGUAAAAUUUGUGACUAAUGCAAAGAAAUCCCUCCUUGCUGGAACGUUUCAGGGAUCAUGGCCAUUUACUUGCUUAGUAUUGACAAAGAAGUAGUAGUUUGCAUAAAACCUCUGAUGAUUGUAUGGAUGUGUUCACCUUAUUGAGUUAACUUAUUUGUGUCACCUUUAUUAACUGCUUUGUAAUUUGGCCAGUGAACCUGCACACACACACACACACACACACACACACACGCACACAAAAUGUUUUAAACAUACCUCAUUCAUUUGAAUUCAUGUGUACCACAUUCAUUGAUUCCUAAGUGGAUUAAGCAUCUGAUUUUUCCUUGUGGUUCAUACUUAAUUUUUAUUAUUAUUCCAUUGGUUCUCUUGUUGGCUUUUUUAUUUUACACUUAAGGUCAUCAGUGUUAGGUCAAUAAUGGUAAAAAGUUAUGAAACUAUUAAGUGAUUAUAUCAAUUGAAUAACUAGAGUAAAAAGGCUCGUAUCAGUUUGUGAUCCCCCAUGGACAUGGUUAAGCAAUUAUUAAGUCUAUACAAUUUUUGUCUGUUUUUUACUGCUUUGCAAGUCUUGCUAGUUUUCAGAUAGUUGUAACUUUGUUAAGACAAGACAUAUGCAGUAUCUAACUUUCCCUCCAGUUAAAAUUCCAUCUUUGUGUCGUGUAUACUCUGUCAACAAAGAAUCUUAAUUUCCAGCAACACAGCAAGCAGAUACUAUGAUAGAAACAUCAGCAGCUGCUCCAGUUUUUUGGGGCUAACUACAGAACAGGAAAGUGUGUAAAAGUUGCUGCAACAAGUUUCUUAAACUUGCCUUGAAAUAAAGUUUGUAGCAUUUUCUCGAAAGCAUCAAAACCAAUCCACACUUGUAAAGAGACUGGAAACAUAGUAGAAUUGGUUUUGCAUAAAGUGUAAAUGAUGUUUGAUCUGUAACUGAAACCAAAGACGUCUUUUCUCAUUCCAGCAUAAAAUUGUGGCCAAUGAAUAUUUGGAGCAGCAGCAUUUCAUUAACUUUAAAACAUUUUAAAGUUAUUUAGAGAGUAUGUGCUAAUCUGAUGUUUUAUAUUCAGCAGAUGAUACAUGUAUUUUAUCAAAAACAUAUUUUAACUUAUUUAUUACAUAUAAUUAUGCUUUUGAGCUUGUCGGUAACAUUAAAUCUAAUACUAUGUGCUCAAAGUAAACAUAUUCUUUAUAUAUCAGUAGUCAUUUACUUCUGAAGUGCAAUGCAAGAGACUGAAACAUGAAAGUACAAUGUUUAUAAAGCAAUGUUAACAGAGCAUGUCAGACUGUUUCGGAUUAAGUGACUUAGUUUGAUAUAAUUUUAACAAUGGCUUGAAAGGAUAAUAACAUUAUCCAUAGCAAAAAAGUUACAAGACAAGCCAUGUUUCAAGUGCCUCACUGAAAUAUUUGUAUGUGUUGUAUAUAUUUGCAAUGGUGUCAAAACUACAAUGUAGUACACAGUGGAGCAGUGUCAUUUCACUUAGUGAAGUGGCCAAAUGAGCAUUGUGUUCAAGUGAGCAGUAUGUUUGUUGAUUUUCUAUACACAUUAAACAGUUGUGGAAUAAAAAAAA